AUGAACCUGGGCGGAAAUAGGGAAGCAGGGGAAGGGGGGAAAGGAGCGAAAGAUGAGGCGCGGAAGGGUGGAGGCGGGGAAGCGGAGCAGGCGGGGGAAAUGCCCGGGUGGGAGACAGUUGGGGGGGGAAGGGGGAGAGGCGGGGGAAGAGGGAGAGGGGGACGCAGAUGGGCGCCUCGGGAAAUAAAGCCGGUCGUAGCUGAAGAGCGGUUUGAGGGAAAAUUAGUAGUGGCUGGAGUAGACGCCUCUAAGCGGGGAGAGCCAGCUGACGUGGCGGGUGGGCAUGCUGACUCAGCAGGACGAGCAGCAGGAGAGGAGGGAGAGGGAGAGGAGGGAGCGGGUGAGGAGGAGGACGAGGGGGAGUGGGAGGCGGCGAGGGGGAAGAGCGGGCGGCGGAGGUGGAAGCGCAGAGCAGGGAAGCGCGCUGCCAUGGAGGAGCUGGCGCGCAUUGCGCAGGAGCAGGCGCAGCGCGCAGCCGCGCUGGCGGGAGGGGCAGUAGCAGCAGGGGGUGAUGGUGGCGGGGAGGAGAGUAAGGGUGGGGAAGAGGAGAGAAAGGAUGGGGGGGAAGGGGGAAAACUUGGGGAAGAGGAGGUGGUGGAGGAGCAAGGGCAAGGUGGGAAAGUGGGUGAGGAAGAAGGGGAAGGGGAGGAAGAGGAGGGAGGCGGAGAGGAGGAGGAUGGAGAGGAGGGAGAGGAAGAGGAGGGAGAGGAGGAGGGAGAGGAGGAGGGAGAGGAGGAAGGGAGUUUGGAUGGCGGCAGUGAAGCAGCGUCCACGUCAUCAUCAUCGUUAUCCGCGUCAGCAGUGGCCCUGAUGACGUCAGACUACGCCAUGCAGAACGUGGCACUGCAGAUGGGCCUGCGCCUCCUCUCCGCCCAAUCAGGGAUGCGCAUCGCCCAGGUGCACAGGUGGGUGCAGCGCUGCUCUGCCUGCUCUGCGGUAACGCCCGACAUGACGAGGGUCUUCUGUCCUGACUGCGGCAACGGCACCACACUCAACAAGGUGACAGUGACGGUGGGAGUGGAUGGCGUGGUGCAUGCAAGCGUGCGCAAGCGGCACAACAUUCGAGGCAGCAAGUUCUCCCUGCCCAUGCCCAAGGGAGGCAGGGCAGGAGCAGCCAAGGACCCUGUCUUGAGGGAAGACCAGCUGCUUCCCAAAAACGGACGACGGCGAUUCACCAAGAAGAAGUGCAAGCCCACUGACGUGCUGGCACCUGAUUUCGUGACGUUCUUUGAUGAGGUGGGCGAGGGGAAGGCAGGGGGAGGCGGCGCGGUGAACAGCCGAGCCGUGGUGGCUACGAUUGCGGUAGGCGGGGACACGAGGAGAAUGGCUGUUGCUCUGGGGUUGAAGGUUAACCCCAACAGGGUGAAGCAGGGAGGGAACAAGUGA